AGGGCUCGCGCGCGGGUGCGCGCGCACACUCGCGUGGCGGAGGUUGUCCGGAGUCCCGCGUGUGUGUGUGUGUGUGUGUCCGGGAUGGACUGCGGCCCGGAGCGCGCGGCGCUGCUGCUCGCGGGGUCAUACGAGCAGAUUCUGUUCGGCUUUCAGCUCAAAGCGCAGAGCUGGGAUGCGGAAGCUGACUUCACUCAUCAUGCUCACACUGCCUCUUUAACAGCAGUGGCUGUAAAUAAUCGAUAUGUGGCAACAGGGAGUAAAGAUGAAACUAUUCAGCUGUACGACAUGACAAAGAAGGUCGAUCACGGGUCAUUAUUGCACCAUGAUGGCACAAUAACCUGUCUGGAGUUUCACGGGAAUAAACACUUGCUGAGUGGGGGAGAGGACGGUCUCCUCUGUGUGUGGGGAACAAAGAAGUGGGAAUGUCUGAAGUCUAUUCGAGCUCACAAAGGUCAUGUGUCAUCGCUCUCAGUGCACCCAUCUGGAAAACUCGCGUUAUCAGUGGGAACGGACAAGACAUUGAGGACGUGGAAUCUGAUUGAUGGAAAAUCUGCAUUUAUUAAAAAUAUAAAGCAAAAUGCUCAAAUUGUCCAAUGGUCACCAAGUGGCGAGAGCUAUAUUGUGGUUUUGGGUAAGCAGCUGGACAUCUACAGCCUCACGACUGCCUCCGUCAGUGGGGUCAUCCAGUCCCAAACAAGGGUCUCAGCACUGAAAUUUGUAACGGAGUCUGUCAUUGCUGUUGCUGGGGAUGAAGAGGUUGUUCGGUUGUAUGACACAAACUCACAGAAGUGCAUUUGUGAGUUCAAAGCUCACGAAACCAGAGUGAAAGCCCUGGACAGCUUCCAGACGCCACAGAGUCAUGUUCUUGCCACAGCUUCAAGCGACGGGUAUAUUAAAUUGUGGAAGCUUGACCUUGAAAAGCUACAAAAUUCUCCGUUGCUGCUGGGUAAAGUGAGCACCUCGGCUAGACUAACCUGUUUAGCUGUUUGGCUGUCAAACGCUGGAGAAGAGCCUAAAGAGGAAAGCAAGCAGUGCGAAGUUGCAGAAAAAGCAGUUGGUAAUAAAUUGCCAGGGUGUAAGAAAAAGUUAGUAAAAUGUAACCCUGCGGAGGAGACCGAGCAGACAGAGCAGACGAAGCAGCAAACAACACAGAAGAGAAAAAAACAGUCGAAAGAAACCAAGAAGAAAAAGAGGAAACAAUAAAUGAAGAAAGUUCUUUCUUCAGGCUGACUUCAAUACUGCAGCUCUGCAGAUUCUGAAUGAUCUAAAGAGCUUUUUUGACAGUUUUACUCUGUGUACUGCUAUUUGUCAAGUGUGCUCUUCAAUGAAUGAAUGAUAUGCAAUUGGAAGCAUUGGUAUGAGGGCUGUAUGUAGUUGUCCUUAACACCUUGAACUGGCAACUUUCUCAGAGAGAGGUUAUAUCUUGCACACAUGGACCCUUAAGAGCACAAUUCUUGAAAUUAAAACAUUGCAUGACUAGACCAUGACUUAAUAAAUGUUAUUUUGGUGUAA